ACCAUUCAUCUUAUUAAACCAAAACACAAAACAAUUCUACUUACACUCCAAUGGCAUCCAAGGCAUAUUUUCUCUUUGCACAUUUGAUUGUGUACUUGUUAGCUACAAAGACUUUGAUCACAUAUGUUAAUGCCGCAGGCGGCCCAUGUGGAAAAACGCCUAUUCAGUCAGCUGCCCUUAGCUUGAGCCCGUGUUUGACUGCGGGCGGGAAUGCUAAAGUUAAGGUGCCACCCAUGUGUUGUACCAAAGUUAACGCUUUGAUCAAUACCGCACCCAAGUGUCUAUGUGCGGUAUUGCUCUCACCGUUGGCUAUAAAGGCUGGGAUCAAGCCUGCAAUCGCAAUAAGCAUCCCUAAGCGAUGUAACAUCAAAAGGAGGCCAGUCGGAAAGAAGUGUGGAAGGUACAUUGUGCCAUGAAGAUGAUAUAUGAUGCAUGGGAGGAAAACUAUGGGAGUUAAGAUGGCAUACUACGAAUAAAUUAUUUAUGGAUAAAAGUUGUUAAACUUGUUAUAAACGUACUUUUCAUAGCAUAUAUAUGUACUUUUCUGUGUACGGAGUGCUUUAGUGGAAUUUGAAUAAAAUCGUUUAUGUUUUAUUUCAA